CUGUUUCCCGGCUUCUCGCCCGAUCUCCGGCCCGGCAGGAUGGCAUCGGCCAUGUCGCAGAAGCUGGAGGAGAAGCUGGUGUGCUCCAUCUGCCUGGAGCUGUUCAGGGUGCCCGUGACCUUGCCCUGCGGCCACAACUUCUGCAAGCGCUGCAUCAGCGACCACUGGGACAAGAAAAGGCAGGAGCCCGAGCCGAGCAUCACCUGCCCCGAGUGCCGCAGGGCCUUCGAGCGGCGCCCGGAGCUGGAGAAGAACGUCACCCUGCACGGCGUGGUGGAGCUGGCCCGGGACAGCGAGGAGCGGGGCUGUGCCGCGGGCCCGAGCGGGGCGGCCCCGGCCGAGCUGUGCCCGCGGCACGGGCGGCCCCUGGAGCUGUUCUGCGAGGACGAGCGGCGCUGCAUCUGCUGCAUCUGCACCGUGCGCGACUGCCGCCCGCACCGCAGGGUGCUCUUCGAGGAGGAGCGAGCCAAAAAGCAGACCUUUUUGAAAGAAUCCCUGGAAAAAGCCCGGGAGGAAUCAGAGAGGAUUGAGCAGACAAUGAAGGAGCUGGAGUUGCAGACAGAGAGGAUCAAGGACUGCUCUGAGCUCAAAGAUGGGAUCCAGAGCAAAUUCGCCCACCUGAAGAAAGCUCUGGAGGAUUUCCAGCGUCAGACAGUGGCCAGGAUUGAGCAGGAGCAGAGGGCAGCACUGGAGGGUGUGGACAAGAACUGGAACCUGUGUAGGGACCGCCUGGAUGUCCUUGGGCAGCACAGGGAGAGGGCUCAGAGCCUGCUGGCCUGCCCUGAGCACAGAACCUUCCUGCAGGAGUUCCUCCUGCUCCCACCUCUGGAGAGCCCAGAAGUGCUGGUGCCCGUGGAGUUUGAUGUGGCUGCUGUGAUCAAGCCCAUCUCUGAGAUCCUCACCAGCAUCUCCAGGCUCCUGCUGGAGGACCUGCCUGGCUGUGUGGCCCCCAGAGCCCCCAGCCCUGCUGGCCAAGACCCAGUGCAUGCCCAGGAGCUGGCAGUGAAGGCUGUGGCCCCUCUCCCCAAGUGCCAGCUCCGAGCUGAGCUUCUGAAGGACCACCGCAACCUGACCUUCGACCCUGAGACGGCCAACAAGUACCUGGAGGUGUCCAAAGGUGCCCACAAAGCCAAGCACCGUCCUGGCAGCGUCCCUGGGCAGGGGCAGGGCCCCCGCUUCCAGCCCUGGCAGGUGCUGUGCACGCAGAGCUACGGCCCCGGGCACCACUACUGGGAGGUGAAGAUCUCCAGCCACUCUGUCAUCCUGGGGGUCACCUACCGGGGGCUGCCCCAGGAGCAGCAGCAGGGCCACAGGUUCAACAUCGGCCUGGAUGGGGGCUCCUGGGGGCUGCAGGUGAGGGAGGAUUGUUACCUGGCCUGGCACGAGGGCCGCGCCCAGAAAAUCCAGGAGCAGCUCUAUAAGAACCUGGGGGUCAGCCUGGAUUAUGGCAAGGGGCUCCUCUCCUUCUACGGCCUCGGGGAGAGGACAAAACUCAUCCACUCCUUCCACAGCGUGUUCACUGAGCCCCUGUACCCCGUGUUUUGGCUGUGUGAGGGGCGAGUGGUGACGCUGUGCCAGAGGGACUGCAUCCUCCAUCCAAAACGUCAAGAACAUCGCAAAUUGCAGAGGCCGGAGAAGCGCCUUGGCAAGCUGCCUGGUGUCAGAGGGACACAGCAGAUCCGUGGCUAUCACCCGGAGAGCCUGCAUUGCCUCCUCGGAGCCAAGGCCGUGCUUCGCAACCUCAUCCUGCAGUUCCUGAAAUCACCCGCCAGGCAAUCACCCCGUGCCUGGGCCGUGGGGAAGGAGGAGAAAACCGGGCGGGAGCGCGACACCGGCUGGGACGGGGCGCUGCCCGCCAGCAGCCACGAUUGGCCCGGCCGGGGCAACUGUGCAGGCUCCGCGGCUGCCGACGGGGAAGCUGCCGGAGCGAUCCGCGGUGUCCUGGCAACCAUCGAGGCAGGAGCCGACCCCGACCCCUCCGGCAGCUCGGGAGGGGGGUGCGGGACCGGAGAGUGCGGCCCCCGCUGUCCGGGAGGAUGCCGACCCCCAAACGCAGGGGGGAGAAAGGGGGGGCUGCUGUGGGCCCGGCGAUCCCGUGGCUUCGGCAGCAGGGGUGGAGAAAGACGGCACAUCAUUCACCCGGGAGAACCCCGGUCCUUUGGCAGCGGGGGUGGAGAAAGGCGGGACAUCAUCCGGCUGGGAGAACCCCGGUUCUUCGGCAGCAGGGGCGGGGAAAGACGGCACAUCAUUCACCCGGGAGAACCCCGGUCCCUGGGCAGGAGGGGUGGAGAAAGGCGGGACAUCAUUCACCCGGGAGAACCCCGGUCCCUGGGCAGCAGGGGUGGAGAAAGGCGGGACAUCAUCCGGCUGGGAGAACCCCGGUUCUUCGGCAGCAGGGGCGGGGAAAGGCGUAACUUCUGUGGCAGCGAACCCCCCAAAGAGGGGCUGCCGAGCCCCGCACAGAGGGCGAGCCGCGACCCGACGAUCGCCUCUCCGAAGCGCCGGCAGCACCCCCGCCCCUCGGGGGUCUCCGAACCUCCGGCCCGGUCCUGGAGGGCUGCGCGCCGGGUGUCGCACACAGCCAGGAGCGGGGGCACAGCAUCAUCCCCUCGGGCGGCGGGUGCCUGGGGCCAGGUGCCGGGAUCGGGGCUGCGGGUCAGAGCCCCGGGGGCCCCGCAGCCCCCCCAGCGCCGCGGGAAGCGGAGCCCCAGCUGCGGUCGCGGGAGGCGGAGCGGGCGGGCGGGGCGCGGCUGCCGCCCGCCUCCGCCGGGGCUGGGAGCGGGGCCGGGCCGCUCGGGGCGUUCAGGGAUGGAUGCUGCGCCCGGGAGCGCCCCGUCGUCCUCCGCCGCGGCGUUGCGGCUGGCGCUGGCGGCUCCGGGGCUGCCCGAGGGUCCCCUCUGCUGCCCCAUCUGCCUGGACGUGCUGCGGGACCCGGUGACGGUGCCGUGCGGACACAACUUCUGCCAGGGCUGCUUGCAGGCGCCGCCAGCGGCCAGGCCCCCCGACGGCGGCGGGGCGGGCGGGGCCGCCCGCUGCCCGCUGUGCCAGGAGCCCGUCCCCGCGGCACUGCGCCUCUGCAAGAACCGCGCCCUGUGCGAGCUCCUGCCGCUGCUGGCGGCCGCCACCGGCGGCUCGUCCCCGUCGUCCUCGGCCGCCGCGACCCCGACGUCCCCGGCCGGCGCGUCCCCGAUGGCGCCGGGAGCCGAGGAGGAGGAUGCUGCGGGGGAGGAAGGAGCGGCGGUGCUGUGCGAUGUGUGCCCGCCGGGAUCCCGCGUGGCGGCCGAGCGGUCGUGCCUGGUGUGCCUGGCGUCGUUCUGCGGGGCGCACCUGGAGCCGCACCGGCGCGCCCCGGCUUUCCGCGCACACCGCCUGGUGGCCCCGCUGCGCCGGCUGGAGGAGGGGCUGUGCCCCCGCCACCUGCAGCCCCUGGACGGCUUCUGCCGCACCGAGCAGAGCUGCGUCUGCUCCCGCUGCCGCGCCCAUGAGCAUCGCGCCCACGACGUGGUGCCCCUCGAGCAGGAGCGAGAGCACAAGCAGGCCCAACAAGCCAAAUUCCUCAGCGAUGCAGAGAAUGAGCUGGAGGAGCUGGCAGUCACCAUCACCCAGGCCAAGAAGAUGGUGGAGCUCAUUAAGGGUGCUGCCACAAAGGAGAGGGAAAGGGUCGAGAAGCUCUUUGCAGAGGCCUCUGAGGUGCUGGCAGCCUUCCAGAAGGAGGUGCUGGGAUUCAUCGAGGACGGGGAGCGCUCCAUGCUGGGGGAGGCCGAGGCCGAUCUCCGCUGGAAGGAGCAGAGACGAGCCAAGCUGGCACAGUGCAAGCAGAGCCUGGAGAACGUCCCCAGCACCGACACCAUCUACUUCCUCCAGGAAUUUCAGGCCUUGAAAGCAGCCAUGGAAGAAAACCUCUCUCCGCCUCUGAGCUUCCAGAAAGAGCUGAACUUCACCAAGUGCACCCAAGCUGUGGGUGCCAUGAAGGAUGUGCUGUCCACUGCCUGCAAAAACCAGUGGAACCACUUGCGGGGGAAAGGAGUGGAUGGACUGAAUUGCCAGGAGAUGGAGGAAGCAUUGGCUGAAUCCCGAUUUCCAGACAAGUCAAACAAUGCUGCCUGCCUGGAGAGCCGUGAUUAUUUCCUGAAAUUUGCCUUCAUCAUCGACCUGGACAGCGACACAGCUGACAAGUUCAUCCAGCUGUUCGGCACCAAGGGGGCCAAGCGGGUGCUGUGCCCCAUCCCCUACCCGGAGAGCCCCACCCGCUUCAUCAACUGCGAGCAGGUGCUGGGUUUGAACCUCAUGAACAGGGGCAACUACUACUGGGAGGUGGAGCUGAUCGACGGCUGGGUCAGCAUCGGGGUCAUCGCCGAGGACUUCGACCCGCGGGAGGCCUACAGCCACGGGCGCCUGGGCAGGAACGACAGCUCCUGCUGCCUGCAGUGGAACGGCCAGAACUACGUGGCCUGGUUUGGUGGCUUCGAGUGCCCCAUCCAGCAGCCCUUCUUCCACACCAUCGGCGUCUUCCUGGAGUAUUCGGAGAAGGCUUUGACCUUCUACGGAGUCAAGGACUCCAAAAUGACCUGCCUGCAGCAGCUCAAGGUCUCCCCUUCUGCCAAGGGGAAGCUUGACCCAUUCCAGAACAAGAUCAACAGGCAGUUUGCCUCUCUUUUUUCGUGCAAGCUGAAGCCAGCCUUCUUCCUGGAGAGCGUGGAUGCGCACCUGCAGAUCGGGCCGCUGAAGAAGGAUUGUGUGUCCGUGCUGAAGCGCCGGUGACUGCCCGGGGACAGGGGCACGGACAGACCCACAGAAGUCUCUCCUGCAGGUUAUUGCCAGCUCUCCUUGGUAGCCCUGCCUGUCUCUGUGGCAGCCCUCCCUCCUCUCUGCACUGCUGGGCACCCAGGGCUCCUGAUGGGCAGGGCUGGGGGCCGGGAUGGGGCUGGAUCCGAGUGCCAGCUCUGCCCCUGAGUGAGCUUGGGCCAGUCCCUGUGCUGCUCCCUGCCCCUCAGCUUCCCUUUCUGGACAUCAGGGACUGCCACAGCCUUUCUUGGUAAAGUGUGCUGCUCACAAGUGCCACAUGGAUUUGGAGCUGUGCCUUGGCCACCUGCCCAGUCCCUCUGCUUCACCUCUGCUUGCUCUGCCCCAGCAACUUGUGCAGAUGCUUUGUGCCUUAUCUCAGGCUCUGUUCCUGAUGCUUUUUUAAGUGCUGCCUCAUUGUCACCUUCUACAUGCUCCUCACGAAGUGCCUUUGAUGGUGCAAGCCCUGUGUGGACCAGGUGAACCCCCAAAGAAGACAUGGUCACUUCCCAUCACCUCUGUGCCCUGGCGUGGGCGAGAUGGUGCUCCAGGGAGAGGGAUGUGGAGGAGCCUGGUGCUGGGGUGGUGCUGGGGUGGUCCUGGGGUGGUGCAGCACCUCUCCUUGCAGGGCUGCCCACCCAUCAGUGCUGCAAGUGUGAAACAAGGAUCUCUGCCCAGCUGGGAAAGGGAGAAACCUCCUGCCGAGAAGCAGCACCACUGUUCCCACCUGGAGGUGAGGAAGGGAACAGCACAAACCGAGUUUUGAGGACGUGCUCUAAGUAAACAGAUUCUUUGGAAUUCUUAGCAAUUCUUAGCAAAGCUUUAGAGCCAAAUUUCCCCCAUGUUUUUGGUGACAUUACUGUUCUGGGGGAUUUUAGUACUGUUAAACACCAGCUCUUCAAGAACCCUGGGCACACUUGAGCUGAAAAUCGGCCCCUUAGCUUAGAGAUUUUUAAGUGACAGUGCUGUGAAUAUGUCCCAGAGAUAAAUGGUCUGGUUUAGUGUUCUAGGACAGCUGUGAGUGCCUCCAUAAAGGUGCAGCAUCAGUCAGCUACUAAAUGACCCUUUGGACUCUGGGAAUAAGUAACAAUUAACAAAAACUACUCUCAAGUGAGAGGGAACACUGUUCCCUUCAAGAAAGGUGGAAACUGGAGGCUGAGAGACAAAACUGCCAGUUCACAUGUCCUAAGGGAGCUUUUUCAGAAGGAAAAUACUGCCUGUGAGGGCAGCACAGAGCAGCCCCUGUCUCAGCACAGCGUGCCUUUCCAAAGUUUAUUUUUUCUGGGGUUAUUUUGCUACCUACCUCCCAAAGCUUGCUUUACAGAACCGUGGUGCUGUGUAAUGUACACCUAGAGAGAAAAUGCAGAGGGUCAGGUUCUUCACUGGCAUGAGUGAGUCAGGGAUGAUGCAACAACCAGCAGGAUUAAUAAACAGCCCAUUCAGCUAAAUAUAUGAGAUAUAUAUAUAUUUUCCCCAAAGGAUAAGCUGGAAAUCAUAGUGCUAUAUUCAAGUGGAGCCAAGGGAAAAAUGUGAAUGUGAAUGAAAGGCAGGCACAAAGCUGGGAGGUUUGAAGUUAAAGCCACAUUUACAUGCUGAGGCUCAAAGAGCUCCUUUACUGUGACUCCUUUGCCAGAGCUGCCUGUUUCUGCUGGUGCAGAAAGAGCUGCCAGCGCCCUGAAAAUUGGGAUAUUUUAGUGGAUGAAAGGUCUGAAUGCAGCCACCCCUUCCCUGGGGCAAGGCUGGUGAGUCAGUUUGGGAAGGGGCUUGCUGGGAUCUGUCUGCAAAUUCCUCCUCCUCCUCCUCCCCCUCCAUGAGGUGACUCCUAAACUCAGCUAGCAGUGGGAAAAGGAACAGUAGGGCUUCCAGAAUGAAAUCUUCAGCUGAAAUCUUGGCCUUUCCUGGCUGGUGGGAAUGCUGCCCAGACUUCUGUCCGGAUGGGAAUUCAUUCCCUGCGUCCUGAGCUCCAAACCCUCUUUGUUUGGCUGGCGCCAGCGGCCCCUGCAGAGCUCAGCCCUUGCACGAGAUGUCAGUGGUGACACAGAGCAGGACAGGGGCAGAACGGGGUGGCAGGAGCUGCUGGUGGAAGGAGAAAGGCAGAGCUGUGCCCCAGCCUGUGCACGGUCACAUCCUGGCAGGACAAGGAAGGGAAGGAACCCUCAUCUCUGCAGGAAGAGAUCUCCCACGUCUGCGCCCCAAAUCUCAUUUAUUCAGGCUAAACUCCCACAGUUUGCAGCGAGGAGUUUUGCCAGAGUAAACACAGCAGAUCUGGGUCUUGGCCCUGUUUGGUUUCACUGUAGGUGGAUUGAUUGCUCCAAGGGGAAACCCACGCUGGAGCCACUCAUCCCACCCUCCUCCACUUUCCCAAUGCACAGACACAAACCUCUGACCUCCCUCAGGGCUUGGAAAGCUCAGAGGGAUCCUCUCUUUCCACCCUGCCACCACCUGGGAGCAGCUUAAGAGGCCCCUGGGGUGUUGGGCAUGGUUUGGGGUUGUGCUGUUGCUUUGGGGGAUUCAUGGAUCAGCUCCAUGGAGCAUCCAGGGGGCUCCUGUCGAUGUGCCACACUUGGGAGGUGCUGCCCAAGCCUCUCUCUCCUGCUGCUUGCUUUUGUCCUGGUUGGGAGUGCUAAAAACCCUCCUGCUUCAGGGAUGGUUUAAAAGAGGAGCAGUCCCCUCAGGAGCUGGGUCAGAGUUUGCUCUGUGCUGCCAGGGAUUUGUAAACUGGAACGAUCAGGGAGUGUGCACUGUGCCAGCUCUGGAUCCCUGAUUUUGCUGUAAACAAAGGGUUAAAAGCAGGGUGAGAUGAGUUGAGAUGCAUCGAUAGCACUUGGCAAUUUAAACAGCCUUUCCUUGUUCCCUUGGGUUAUUUCUGCUGUCACAGAGUGUUCCUCUUUUUAAUUAGGAUUUUUUAAAUACAGUAACUGUAGGGUGUUUUACAGUGUGUGAAAAAACUGUAACAGAAUCAUGUAACGGUGUUAGAGAAUAUGAUUUGACCAUUAAAUAUGAUACAGUCAUUGCCCUGGGUUGUCUUUCCUUUAAAUACCAAACCAUUUGACUUGUCCCAUUAUCUUAUGUUUACUUUUCUGUGUCCUGUACAUCUGGAAUAAAAUAACACAGAUUUUAUUUUCCAAGUGUGUCCAAGGGAAUUCUGCCACAUACACAUUUUUAUUGCAAAAGGAGUGGAAGAACCUUAAAAUCCAAUAAUAAUUGUCAGCCCUGGGCAAUUCAAAACAAUGAAUUGUCUCA